AUGAUGGUGGUCUUCAGGACGCGGAAAUCCAGCACCGGUCUAAACGAGUCCCAUGACUCUUCUGGGGAUCCCUCACCUCCCCCUUCAGUUCCAAAUGCUCGAGUUCUGAGUCCGAUCCAGGCGCAUGGUCUCAAGCAAUACUCCUUCAGGUCAGACUUCAAUCCGCCUACCGCCCACCCUCUUCUUCGUCCAUCCUCCAGCUGUUCGAACCAACCAUAUCGAAGUCAAACUCCUCAACUCCAUCCGCCCCGCUGCCCCACAUCGUUUACUCCGAGGUAUAGUGUCGGCUGUCAAUUCCAAGACCCACUCGGUCUCCAGCCAGCCAGCUCUAUACAGGCCUCCCCUCAUCAACCUCAACAACAGCAGCUCAGCUCACGUUCUCGUCUCGUUUCAUUCAUGGGCGCUCAAGAUCAGUCCGUGCCUAAUUCGAACGCGUCAUCGGCCGCUCCCGGUCAAUCCUCCUUCCGCCUCUUCAAGUCGAAAAUAUUCUCAUCCACAUCCAAGUUCAAGCCAUCCGCUCAACCUGGGCUUACCCCCUCAAGCGCAACCGGAGCUCCCUAUCUGUCGCCGUCCUUGGCAGCAUCGUCAGAUCAUGUCAACAAUCCAACCCAAGCAUCUCACCAUGAGCUAAACACGCCAAACAAUCUUGCGGCUCAGCAAAAGUUCAACACCUUGAGUCAUGUCAACCGACCCAACGGCACCAGUCCAUCACAACCCAAGGAUGAGCCAGUAGAUUGGGUCCAUUUGGACCCAUCAGGUCUUCCAGGAACUCCUCGUCAAUCGAAUGACUACGCGAGGCCCACAUCAAUAAUCGCUGGUUACUCAACAGCCCCAGGCAACAGGAUCCUGAUUGAUCCGAAUUCUAGCCGCCGCAAUUAUCCGCAGUUCAACAACAAGCCGCCCAUCCAAGCUGGUCCGAGGGUGAUGAGACUCAACCCUCAAUCAGAAAACCUCAAGCGAUUGAACACGCCGCCCUCAGGAAACGCACCAACCAAUGAUUUAUCUUUCUACGCGCAAUCUCUCCGACCCACACCAGUCCCACACGGCGGUAGCGGUACACUCUUGUCAAUCAACCCAUCUCACUCUAUCCGCCCUGUUGCUACCAAUCAACCACCGCAGCAUGUUAACCCGCCACCGCCUGCUCUUGCUUAUCUGGAGCCCAUUUCGACCUCCUUAGCUGUUGAAAACACACAUCCUUCCACUCAUCCCGAGCCACCAAUACUCAACCGGUUGGGUUCCAACGAGGCGGAUUUCAUGAACGCCCCUCAAGUACUUUCUUCUAUUCAAUCUGAGCAGCCUUCGAAAGCUUCCUCGAGUCCUUACGUCGGACCAACCUUUUCAUCCACCAUCGCUCCUACUUUACCACAAUCGUUCACACCGUCAGCCGAACCCGAUUCGCUCUCAUCCAGUCUAACCAACGGGGAUAGACCGGUCCCUGAGCCGAGUCAUGAGGACGGGUAUCAUCCCUCGGUAUUCAAAUCUUCUUUGGCAUAUCGCCAGCAGGCUGCGCCCACUGAUACCUUUGGCUUCAAAUCAGUUGCUGCUGCUUCCUCCACAGUGGUGACAGAUGUCACCAAACCUGUUAUUGAGAGCCAAGUAGCGGACCUGCCUUUGAAAUUGCUGGCUUCACCACCAGCAGGCACAUUGGACCUUGGAGAUUUCUCGUACCUGUUUGCCAAUCCUAACGGUCUUGCCAAAAGGACUGAUACAAUCGACUGCAAACUGAUCGACUCAAGCCCCGCCAAACCGAAAGCAUCCGUCCGUUCUAUACCCCCACCUCUUGCUUUAGUUCCAUCGACCGAGCCGUCGCGCAUUGCUUUUCCUGCCGCGAAGAGCCCCUCUUCAACACAUGAGACACUGUCUACUCAAGAAUCUCGUCCAUCGUCCACUUCACUUCUAUCGGCCCAGAGUGAUACCUGCACCUCGCCGCUCCCAUCCCUGGGUAGUGACCAACGCUCUCCAACGCGGCCAUCGACGCGCAGCUUGAUGUCACCCUCGCCGCAUCCAUCGACGCCUGUGAAAUCCGAAAAGCUUGGCUCCCCGACAUCUCCUCUUCACAUCACAAAUCCAUCAAGUCCACGAAGUCCCCUUCCUGUACCACCGUCUGCGGGGUCUCCAUUCCGGUCUACAAUCAACUCUUCUUUCCCCACCGUAGAACCCACUUUGAAAUAUGAAAAGUCUCUUUCACCGCUUCCGUCCUCUUCGCAGAGGCCCAAUCUUCCGGAUAGCCGCUCCCAAACACCAGAUCCACCGUCUAAUAAUACUCAAUCUCAACUUGAGCUAGAACAAGCCCGUCAAAUGAUUCUUGGCCUUCAAAAUCAAGUCCAGCAACUCAAAGAAGCUUCAAUCAAGCCGUCCCCCAAGCCGUCCCCAGUAGCCCAAGAAAACAUUUCAGAUCUAUCACUGACCGUAAUACCGCCCGCAGAUAUUACUUCCAGAUCUAACAAGGCCAACGCCCGCAACAGUGUGGCAGCGUCCUCCGUUCCGACCAACCCUGCUCCUGGACUAACGGAAAAUCUAAAGGCGGAAGAGAAUCGAGAACUAGUUGAUGAUUCAUUGAAGAUUACGACAUCAGAAACAAAUGUAAAACAGCAAAGCGCAUCUCUUGUCACAGUUUCCGGCAGAAAUCCCCAACAAACUUCCUCUCCCCAACAUGCCUUCCCUAGUCAGUGCGAAACACCUACCGACUCUCCGCCCAAUGAUUCUGUCCGCCAAGCAGAAAGAUCAGUGCCCUCAGUCGUACCUAGCCGAUUACCCAUAGCUCAACAUCGAUUGAGAGGCAUGGCCUCGACAGAUUUUGAGAAAACUUCUAACUCCAAUAUGGAGACUGCAGCACCUAUUCCCCGCCGGCAAACAAAACCUUCACUCACAUCAUCUGUUUCGACUGAGUACCGCUAUGAUACUCCAGAGUCAUAUUCAACUCAGGUGACCACCCCCUCCCCCAUCUCCACGACCCACAGAUCUAAUCGGGUACCUUCGGGAAAGCAGACGUCUCUUUCCGAGCGGAUGCGAGCAGACACAGGCUCAAGCUCUCACGGUCACUCGGGCAAGCAGACGCCCCUUUCCGAGCGGAUGCGAGUAGACACGGGCAUGAGUUCUCAAGGUCAAGGGUGGGCAAGAGAAAGGCAAAACUCCUUCCACAACGCUUAUCCCGAGAAGGCUAGCAAAUUGUCGCGAUUGGCGGGUCAGGGGGGUGGUCAAGAACCUCGUUGGCUGCCUGCACGGCCACUGAAUGACUCCAGCACGCUAGCCGCCCUCUCACGGUCUUCAUCAGCUCUAAGUCAGUCAAGAGUACGACCGGAUCCAGCCAACUCACGACCUCACCGCCAACGCCAAGCGUCUUCCUCGAUCAGCCUAUCAAUUCACGACGAAGAGUCUUCGGAAAGCGGUAGUGAGCUCGAUUCUUUAUUUGAACGAACUAGCCAUAGCUUGUCCAAUCAGGCUAGUCGCUCUGGUCUUGACUCCGUCAACGAGGAGUCUGCGCUCAACAUGGCCAGUGGGAAAUUCAACAAAUUCAGCCUCAGACUCAUGACCAAACCUGAGCUACUGACGAUCAUCAAAAAACAACGCGUCAAGCUGGAGCACACCAGGGAGGCGUUCGCCGCCGAGCGAGAUGAUCUACUUGAUACUUUGGAGCAAACUAGGGAGAAAGAAGCAGAGCUGAGUCGGGAGCGCGAGAGACUUUUGGCCGAGGAUGCUUGGAAAACCGAAGAAUUAAAUCGAGCCCGGGAGGAGAUCGGUUGGCUAAGCAGGCUGGCUGAUACAUUGGAGCUCGAAAAGUCACGUUUGGAAACUCGAGCUAACUCGAUGGCCAAUGAGCUGAAGCGGGCAGUAGUUGACUUACGGACGGUUUCCACGGCUUCUUCGCAAGGCCUUGGCUCUUCGCGCGAUGUGAGACCGCAGCCUGGUCCAUCUUAUCAAAAUCAUGCCCCUCUGAGAUCACCUGGGGCUGAAGAAUAUAGUGUUAGAAAGAGUGACAGUGGCUCCCAAGGUCGCUCUAUGCGAAAAUCUUCAUUUUCGCACACCUCUCUAUCCAAUCCACCUCAUCGCGUCCGGCAAGAAUCUGUGGAAUCUAAUAGUACCAUCUGCCGUCUGGUGACAAGUCCCCAGCUGCAUGCGUCCAAGUCGCAGAACAACCUAAGGAACCUAGCAUCAAGCUCGCGAAGCCGAGGCUCACAAGGGAUCGAAUCGGCGAUUAGUCCAAGGACGCGUGAAUUUGCUAUAUCUCAGCGGAAGUCACCUGCUCAACGCUCUGUCCCGGACUUCCGCUCACCGCUUUCCCCAAUGAAGACAUCAUCUCAUCGGUAUAUCCGCCACGAAAGACUGAGCAGUCGCCAGAUAAACUCGCGCCGUCCAAGUGGCUCCCGUUCGAUUUCGUCUGGACAGUCUCACACCGACGAUCAGGACGAAGAGCAGGCCAACUCGGAGGAUGAGCUGCGAGAGGACGUGAUCAUGGAAGAAGAGCCGGAUGAACGGAGCUCUCGAGACGUGUACUGGGUACAACGGGAGUCCGACAGGAGACACUCCAGGAGCAGCUCCGCAUCAUCCCAGGCUAUUUCACCCAGCUCCACCGUGUUCGCCGACCACCACCGCGGACACAGCUCCCGCACGGCCGCUCGCUCAAAUGGCUCGGAAGACCAACAUAGCAACGGCCAUCGUAGCUCAUUGAUCAGCUUACAGUUGAGACCCGAAGAUGAACUGUUCCUGGAAAACUACCUUGAGGAGGAUGGUGAUGGCAUCGAUACCGAUAUUGAUUAUUGA